AUGGCUGUACAGUCCGACUCUGAACCUCUCAUCACUCCGACGCCAGUCGAUUUCCCCCUCAAAGCCGCUGCCCUUGAAGAAAAGCAAGGACGAAUCGAAUUUAGAGUGGUCAACAACGAUAACUCAAGAGAAAGUAACAUCAUACUGACCGGGUUGAAAUGUAUCUUCCAGAAGCAAUUGCCUAAGAUGCCCAAGGAUUACAUUGCUCGACUCGUGUACGACAAGACACAUCUCUCCAUCGCCAUUAUCAAGCAGCCACUCGAAGUCGUCGGAGGGAUCACCUAUCGACCCUUCAAUUCGAGGAAAUUUGCAGAGAUCGUCUUCUGCGCCAUCUCAUCCGACCAGCAAGUCAAAGGAUACGGGGCGCAUCUGAUGGCGCAUCUGAAGGACUAUGUCAAGGCGACCUCUCCGAUCAUGUAUUUCCUAACCUAUGCCGACAACUAUGCUAUUGGCUAUUUCAAGAAGCAGGGGUUUACCAAAGAGAUCACGUUGGAGAAGUCGAUCUGGAUGGGAUACAUCAAAGAUUACGAAGGAGGCACGAUUAUGCAAUGCAGCAUGAUUCCCAAGAUCCGGUAUCUCGAAGUACCACGGAUGCUUCAGAAACAGAAAGAAGCAGUAAUGGCCAAAAUCCGCGCUGUGAGCAAAUCACAUAUCGUACACCCGCCACCAGCUGCCUGGAAGAACGGCAUUGUUGAGAUUGAUCCAAUGUCAAUCCCUGCCAUCAAAGAAUCAGGCUGGUCGCCAUCGAUGGAUGAGCUGUCCAGACAACCCAGGCACGGACCGAAUUACAACCAGCUCCUUCAUCUGCUCAAUGACAUGCAGAACCAUACAGCAGCCUGGCCGUUUGCUCAACCGGUCAACAAAGAUGAGGUGCCUGACUAUUACGAAGUCAUCAAGGAGCCGAUGGAUCUGUCAACGAUGGAAGAGCGUUUACAGAACGACAUGUACCCAAGACCAGAGGACUUCAUCAAGGAUUCGAAGCUGAUCUUCGACAACUGCCGACGCUACAACAACGAGACCACCCCGUACGCCAAAAGUGCGAACAAGCUGGAGAAGUUCAUGUGGCAGCAGAUCAAGAAUAUUCCAGAGUGGUCGCACUUGGCUGAGUGA